AUGUGGCAGUUCCCUGCUCUUCUCCUCUUCUUCCUUCCAGGCUGCUGCACUGCUCAGGAUCCAGUCACAGGUCCAGAGGAGGUGAGUGGGCAAGAGCAGGGCUUCUUGAUAGUUCAGUGUCGAUAUGCCUCAGGCUGGAAGAAUCACAACAAGUACUGGUGCCGAGGAGAUGAUUGGAAAACAUGUGAGCUUCUUGUUGAAACCGAUGCAUCAGAACGGUUGGAGAAGAAGAACCGAGUGUACAUCAGGGACUACAAGAGAGACUUCAUCUUCAGAGUGUACAUGGAGGAUCUGAGGAUGAGUGAUGCUGGCAUUUACUGGUGUGGAAUUUCAAAAGUUGGAUAUGAUCCCAUGUUUAAAGUUAGUGUGAACAUUGACCCAGUACUUCGUCCCACUUAG